AUCACAUUGACAGAUCCGUAUCCCAGUUUCAGUCCAGUAGUUGCAGUCACUCUGCAAAAUAUGCUUUCGUAAUGGCACUAUCUGAAGUUUGUGGAGUAAGUUCAGUGAUUGGGAAUGGAUUGUCAUAUAAUCAGGGAGAGACUGGAUCAGAUGCAAUGGCAGCACUAUCUAAUUGGACUUGCGGCACAAAUGUUCGAUCAUCGAACUAUGACUUCCAAAACAACAUCGAUAUUGAGAUGUACAACUACGUUGACAAACUCUUGGAAGACAAAUCACCGAAUCAAUUUGACAAUAGCAUGCACGAAACUAAUAAUAGAAACAGUGACCAAUUGCAUUUCCCGGCAAAUGGUCAGAGUGAAACUUAUCUGAAUGGUAUCACACCAGUUGGACUGCAGUCUAUUAAUGACACUGCCAGGCCGUUUGAAGUGGAUGGGUUGAACAGUAUUUUGUCUGUAAACACAUCUCUGGAUUCUGUGCCGCAGCCAUUUGCAUCUGCCUCGCCUUUUUUGCAAGGAUUCAAUGGACAAGACGAAAAUUAUUUGGGUGCUCCUUCUUUCUAUAACCAGAAUAACUCCAAUGAUGCCCCUCUCCCCCAAGAACCAACACUUCAGAAUUUGAUUGACUAUAUCAAUCGAAGCUCAAAGCUAAUGAACGGAGAUGAAACCUCGAGUAUUGAUCAAUCAUAUAAGAUGGGAUUCCCUGCCGACCUGACCAACGGCUUCGACGACUGUAGCAAGCCUAGCAAUGGCGGCCUUGACCUGAAUGACCUGAAGGUCAGUCUGCCGCAACUGGCUCAGCUGAGCCUGGACCUGACCCCCCAUCCACCACCACCCGCACCAAAGACAAGUGACAGUGGCUCUUCUGUCCCUCCCCCUCCUCCCCACUUCUCGCCCAUCUCUGGUUUCCCGCGCAAUCUGCGGACCAAUGGACAUUUGCAGCAGAACUACAACGGCUCGCGUAUGAACGGCGACUCUCGCUCCUACGGUGACCACUACGCUAACAACGGCAACACUCACCCACACCAAAUGCUGAUGAACAACAAUGUGGAGAAGAUGCGUUACCCGGUGUCUGGGGGUGGCGGAGUUAUGCCAGGCUACCCACAACAGAUGGCUCCGCCCCAACAGAUGCCGCCUCCACAGAUGCCACCGCCUCCGCAGAUGUUGGGUCACUACCCGCGCCACCCUCAAGUGGACGGGCCCUUCGAGGGAGCGGGAGCAUGUCAGCCGCCUCCGCACCUCUUCCCGGCCGUCUAUCGCAACGGAGGCGUGCGGGGACGCAACGGGCCCGGCAGCGAUUUGCAUCUCAGUCUCGAACUGUGUUAUGAUCAGUUCAAACAGCUGGAGAAGGAGCGUAAGAAGACCGAGGCCGAACUAGCCCGCCACAACCUGGGCAAGAAGGUGUCAUCUGCCAACAACAUGCCAGUGCCCCGUCUGCCUCCCCAGCCCACACGCGUCGACAGGCUCAUCAUCGACCAGCUCAGGGAGCACACCAGGGUGAUCACACUGAUAGGCAAGAUGGAGCACCUGCUAGGUGGCAAUGGGGAUGACAAGAAGCGUAAGAUGCCUUGCAGUGUGUCUGAGACGAUGAACGAGUGGUCGCUUGCCAUCAGACGUGUGCAGCUGUAUCGUCGCCAGGAGAUAUCCAACAUCAGCCUCCGUCAGCCGCCUCAACCACAGGCACACCCCUUCAUGGGGGGCCCGCAUCACCGGCCUGACGAGAACGACAUCGUGAAACUGGGUAACAGCAUCAAAGAGCUGUGCGCUUCAACACGCAAGGCUAGGUCAUUCAUGUGGAUUGCUCUGUCAAUCACCCUGGACAGCAACAUCAGUCAGCCAACUGACGGCAACAAUGCCUCUUAGAUUCAUCACUUUCGACUCCUGAUCCAUCACUUUUGACUCCUGACACUUAUGACUUCUUCUGUACUUCAAGACAUCACUUGGGCAAGUAGAGUAUCUCACAACGCUACUUCCUUCUAUACGUCAACUUGAUUUACUCAUCGGCUUGAUCGACACCAUCUCCCUCGAUAAUUAUUCGAUAUCUGAUCGAUUCAUUCCUGGAUGAUUGUCAAAUUGAGCUACUUCACGUCACCUUUAUUACUUCAGUUUAAUCGAUACAAUCGACAACAUCUUCCUCGAUAAUUAUUCGAUAUCUGAUCGAUUCUUUCCUCGUUGAUUGUCAAAUUGAGCUACUCCACGUCACCUUUAUUACUUCAGUUUAAUCGAUACAAUCGACACCAUCUUCCUGGAUAAUAUUAUUCGAUAUAUGAUCGAUUUUUUUCAGGUUGAUCGUCAUAAAUUAUCCACCUCGAUAUUUCGAUAUGAUCAAUGAUUAACUUAUGUUUAAUCCUCACUUUUACCUAUCUUUAUCAAUAUUAUGUUUGAGUUUAAUAGUUAAUAUCAAACGAAAAUUCAAUUGAGUGUAAUAUUGUUAGAUUUGGCCUAUCCAGUAAGAUUGGAUAGUUUAAACUGAUUUAUCUUUAUGUAAUUGAUUUGAAUUUUGUCUACCCAACGUACUACUGUAUUACGUUAAUAGGGUUGGUUAUUGUUGUAUUUUAAAAGUGAUUAUCGACUGUUUUGAGCUGAUAUUCACUAGUUGAAUAGUUUUGAACUUAAAGGCCGUACUGUAUCAAAUAACUGCAACUUUUCAUCAUGCGAUACUGUUUUUAUUGUUUUGUCAUACUUGAAAAGUUAAAAAAGAUUCUAAUUUAGAUUCUUAAAUAAAAAUUGGAUAAUUUUAAAUCGGUCAAUAGAUUAUAAAUUAGCAUCGUCAGAGUGGCAAGUCUGCGCAAUUCACAAGCUGCUCACUGAAACGUUUUAAAUAUGAAAAUUUAUUUGUAGGAACUCUGAAUCAAAUUUCUAAUCCUCAAUUUAAAAAAAAAAUUAUUUUUGAAAAACAUGAAUUUUAGAUCAGCAUAAUAAUUACGAAUUUAGUAAAUUCGUACAAUGUUCAAGCUAUUUUAUUUGAAAACAUAACUGAAUCAAAUCGAUAAAAUAAAAUCUUUGAUCUUCAAUUUUUAACAAAAUUAACUUAUUUUUCAUCAGCAUCGUUACCGUUGCAAAUCUUAAAAAUUAAUUGAACUAUUUUAUUUGAAAACAUAACUGAAUCAAAUCGAUAAAAUAAAAUCUUUGAUCCUAAUUUUUUUACAAAAUCAACUUAUUUUUCAUCAGCAUCGUUACCGUUGCAAAUCUUGAAAAUUAAUUGAACUAUUUUAUUUGAAAACAUAACUGAAUCAAAUCGAUAAAAUAAAAUCUUUGAUCUUCAAUUUUUAACAAAAUUAACUUAUUUUUCAUCAGCAUCGUUACCGUUGCAAAUCUUAAAAAUUAAUUGAACUAUUUUAUUUGCAAACAAAUGAAUCAAAUCGAUGAAAUAAAAUCUUUGAUCCUAAUUUUUUUACAAAAUCAACUUAUUUUUCAUCAGCAUCGUUACCGUUGCAAAUCUUGAAAAUUAAUUGAACUAUUUUAUUUGAAAACAUAACUGAAUCAAACCGAUUAAAAUAAAAUCUGUGAUCCUAAAUUUUCUACAAAAUUAACUUAUUUUUCAUCAGCAUCGUUACCGUUGCAAAUCAUAAAAAUUAAUUGAACUAUUUUAUUUGCAAACAAAUGAAUCAAACCAAUUAAAAUAAAAUCUAUGAUCCUAAUUUUUAACAAAAUUAACUUAUUUUUCAUCAGCAUUGUCAUCGUUACAAAUCUUAAAUUUAUCAAGUUCGCUUUCAUGAUAUCUUGAAAAGGUGAACCGGAGCCUCAAGUCAAAAUCAAAAUUAAAUUUUAAUUUUUCAAAAUAUUAUUUCAUGAUGAAUAAGUAAUGGCUAAUAAGUAUACAGGAAGUGUGAUGAAAUGUUGCUUGCAUUGUACAGACGUGCCAUUGUUUUAUUUAAUCUUUAUUUUUCGCCGUUUCUUCUGUUGAUUGACUGAUUUUUGAAGUUUAUCAAUUUCAAGUGUUAAUUUCUCUUUGUUAUUGUUGAGAUUUAUCGACAGUCAACGAAACUUAAUAACGAUAUUAACUUAUAAUAUUUUCCCAAAGGUUUAUAACGAAUUUUCCCCACUUAUAAUUCAUAAUAUCAUGAAUGUUCGAGUAUCUUAAUACCCUUUAUGGGUGUCUUUUUGUAAAUGUCUAGCUUAUGGGAAGUUUAAAUCCCUAGAUUCCGGAUAGUCAAACAUUUUCUUAUUGUCAAUUUGCAUGAAUCGAUGUUAGUUGUUGAACUCCCCUUGAUGGCGUAGGAGCAAUUAAUAUUAGUCAUAUCUGUGCAAUUCAUGUAGGCCGGAACGAGAGUCUGUAAUUUAUUGUUGGGCAAAUUUCUGAUGAAAAGGUUUUUUCACAAGUUGGAGCCCUGAAAUUUGUUGAAACUUCUAACCUGAUGUGAUAAUAAAGAAAGUUUCAAUUACGGUUUGCUUCUAAAAAUUGAAUAAGAUUGUUAUCGCCAUUCGAUUGAAACUUCACGAAUCAAAAGUCAUUCUAAAAAUUUUCAUAUCCUUAGUGCUCAUAGAUGUGUAUGUUUCGGCGUGUUAAAAGCUAGUGAUUACAAUAUUAUAAUAGUCUAUUUGUCCUUCGAAUUAAUAUGCUCAAUUAAUAUGAUUUUUUAUUUUUAGACUACGAUUUUUCUAAUAUCACACCGUCAUUUAAAGUCUUAUUUUAAAUUUUUUGCAACUAAUGACUGAAAACUUGAAUUUUAAUCAAGUGCAUAAUUUUUAAUUAGAUUAUGGCUUAUAGCAUUUAAAAGUAUUACUUUGCUUUUGGAAAUCGGCCUUUUAUGAAAAUGGUUCUAUUUCAAUAAUGAUUUGUUAGUGCAAUAACAACGCUUUCUGAGUUCAUUUUGGAACAGUGUUAUUUUUAACUAGGUUUAUAGUUUUCCUCAUAUAGAUAGUGGAAUUAAUAUCAAAAUAAUCAGAUGUUGCAAAGCAAUAUAUAUUUGAAUUAGAUUUUUUGUACUUUUGUAUUAACACCAUCCAUGACUUAUCUACUACGUUGACUGUCUAAUUAAUAAAUGUUUUCAGCAUUCUAGAUGUUAGUUUGCUUUCCUAUAAUAAUAAAUUAUACGCUUUUCUCCAAUUUGGAGAAUCGUUUCAGUCUGCUACUAAACUAAUAUCAGGCUCCGAAGCCUACUUACUACUAUUUAGGUAAAGUUUAUUAGAUUUCCUUAGACAAUCCUGUUUUAAUAUGCAUGUGAUAUGAUGUAACAAGUAAUAAUAUAUAUAACAAUAUGAGACCAAAUUAUUAUGAGCCCUAGAAUAUUGAAGAACAUGUAAUUUUAAAAAACUGUUCUUAUUUUCUUCGUGAUGUUUGAACAGCCUUUGUGUAAUCGGGUUAGAUAGAAUAGUACAACAAUAAUUGUGUGGGUACAAUUGUUGAAAUUGGUGUGUCUUAUCAAACUUAAUCCAAUAAAUAUAUAUGAAACAAUAUUAUUAAUUUCACAUAUCCGUUCAGUUUUGGUAAACAAAUUUGAGCUUAGUGCAAUAAUUUUUCAUUUAAAUGAAACCUGCUCAACAAAUUUUAUCUUACAUAGAGCAAUACGAUUGGAGCUC